GAGGAGGGAACUACAACUCCCAUCCGGCGCCGGGGCCGGAGGGCGUCCCCGGCCCCUCUCCCAGUGGGUCCAGGGCGCCAGGGCAGCUGGAGCGCCUGGGGCAUUCCCGCACCUUGGGCGAGGGCUCCGGGAGGCACGCGGAGCUGGGACAGCACCCCGACAGGCCCCUGCACCCCCACCCCCGGCUCCCGGCUGCCUCGGCGACCCCGCCCUCCCACUUCCUGGCCGGGACUCGGUGCCGCCCCCCGCGCGCCUCCGCCCUCCCACCUUCACCUGCAGCCGCGGCUCCCAUUGGCCGGUGCGCACCUGCCCGUCCGUCGGGGGCGGGGGGCGGGGCGCACGGCGCCCAGGUGAGGGCGCGCGGGCGGCGGCCGAGGAAGGUGACAGCGGGGAGGGCGGGAGGGUGGGGGGAGGCCGCACGGACAGACCGGCGGACCUGCCGACGGACGGGCAUGUGAGACGUCCGGCUCCUGCGCGGGCGCGAGGGCCUCCGGCCGCAGCCAUGGAGCGGCGGCUGCGCGCGCUGGAGCGCCUGGCGCGGGGCGAGGCCGGCGGCCCGGGACUCGACGGCCUCCUCGAUCUGCUCCUGGGACUGUACCACGAACUCAGCAGUGCCCCUCUGCGGCGGGAGCGCAACGUGGCGCAGUUCCUGAGCUGGGCCAGUCCCUUCGUGGCGCAAGUGAAGGAGCUACGUCUACAGAGGGAUGACUUUGAGAUCCUGAAGGUGAUCGGACGAGGGGCCUUUGGCGAGGUCGCCGUGGUGAGGCAGAGGGACACGGGGCAGAUUUUUGCGAUGAAGAUGCUGCACAAGUGGGAGAUGCUGAAGAGAGCUGAGACAGCCUGCUUCCGGGAGGAGCGAGAUGUGUUGGUGAAGGGGGACGGCCACUGGGUGACCACUCUGCACUACGCCUUCCAGGAUGAGGAGUACCUGUACCUGGUCAUGGACUACUACGCGGGCGGGGACCUGCUUACCCUGCUCAGCCGCUUUGAGGACCGCCUGCCACCCGAGCUGGCGCAGUUCUACCUGGCUGAGAUGGUACUGGCCAUCCACUCGCUGCACCAGCUGGGUUACGUGCACAGGGACGUGAAGCCGGACAAUGUCCUUCUGGACAUGAACGGGCACAUCCGCCUGGCUGACUUCGGCUCCUGCCUGCGGCUCAAUAACCGCGGCAUGGUGGACUCAUCGGUGGCAGUGGGCACGCCAGACUACAUUUCCCCCGAGAUCCUGCAGGCCAUGGAGGAGGGCAAAGGCCACUACGGGCCACAGUGUGACUGGUGGUCGCUAGGAGUGUGUGCCUACGAGCUGCUGUUUGGGGAGACGCCCUUCUACGCUGAGUCCUUAGUGGAGACCUAUGGCAAGAUCAUGAACCACGAGGAUCACUUGCAGUUCCCUCCUGAUGUGCCCGACGUGCCCGCCAGUGCCCAGGACCUGAUCCGCCAGCUGCUGUGCCGCCAGGAGGAGCGGCUGGGCCGUGGUGGGCUGGACGACUUCCGGAACCAUCCCUUCUUCGAAGGCGUAGACUGGGAGCGGCUAGCCACCAGCACUGCCCCCUACAUCCCCGAGCUGCGGGGACCCCUGGACACCUCCAACUUUGAUGUGGAUGAUGACACCCUUAACCACCCAGGGACUCUGCCACCACCCACCCACGGGGCCUUCUCGGGCCACCACCUGCCAUUCGUGGGCUUCACCUACACCUCAGGCAGUGCUGAGAGAAAUCCUGACCCAGCGGCUGCUGCGGGACUGGAGGUUGAGCUGAGCUGGAAGCAUGCAGAAUCACUGAGGAACAGCAAAGCCCCCUUGGUCCAGCCCGACGGGCCCCCAGCCAGCGGCCCAGGCCAGGACAGUGAGCUGCAGCAGGAGCUGGCCGAUGCCCGGGCGGCACUGCACGCACAGGCGCAGGAGCUGUGCAGGGUCCAUGGCCGGCAGGAGGAGCUGCUGCGGAGGCUGCAGGAGGCCCAGGAAAAUGAGGCAGCUACCGCUAGCCGGGCACAGGCCCUGAGCUCCCAGCUGGAAGAAGCCCAGGGUAUCCGGCGAGAGCUGGAGGCCCAGGUAGCCACCCUGAACCUGGAGGUGAUACAGCUCCGGGGGCAGCACAAGCAGAGCCGGGACAAGGACACCUCCUGGGCUGAGCCUGUGCGCACUGCUUCUGAGACCAAUGGCACAGGGCCACCCAAGGGGCACUCACAGGAGGCCCAGCUGCUGCGGGAGGAGGUGACCGCCCUACGGGAGCAGCUGGAGCAGGCCCGCAGCCUGGGGCCUGGCGGGAAGGAGGAGGCGCUGUGCCGGCUGCAGGAGGAGAAUGCACGGCUGAGUCGGGAGCAGGAGCGGCUGACGGAGGAGCUGGAGCAGGUGCAGCAGAGCAAGCUGCGGCUGGAGGGCGAAAAGCGGGAGACAGAGAGCAACUGGGAGGCCCAGAUCGCUGACAUCCUCACCUGGGUGAAUGAUGAGAAGGUGUCCAGGGGCUACCUGCAGGCGCUGGCCACCAAGAUGUCCGAGGAGCUGGAGUCCUUGGGGAGCAUGGGCGCCCAGACACCCCCCACACGGCCACUGGACCACCAGUGGAAGGCAAGGCGGCUGCAGAAGAUGGAGGCCUCUGCCCGGCUGGAGCUGCAGUCUGCGCUGGAGGCUGAGAUCCGUGCCAAGCAGGCCCUGCAGGAGCGGCUAACCCAAGCGCAGGAGGCCCAGCUGCAAGCUGAGCGGCGUCUCCAAGAGGCUGAGAAGCAGAACAAGGCCCUACAGCAAGAGCUGGCUGCCCUGCGUGAGGAGCUGCGCGCCCGCGGGCCUGGCGAUGCCAAAUCCUCCAGUUCCCUGAUUCCCCUCCUGUCCUUCCGGGGCGCCUCAGAGAAGGAUAUAGCCAAGGAUCCUGGCCCCUCAGGAGAGGCCCCAAGGCCUGGGAUGGAGCCUGAGCUGAGGCCUGAGGGCCACCGCAGCCUACGAGCGGGGGCUGGGUUUCCCCGAGUGCCUGCGGCCCCUGCAGAGGGCACCUCUGCCAAGCCCAGCUCACACUCGCUCCACCCCCGGAGUUUCCCGUCCCCUACCAAGUGUCUCCGCUGUACCUCGCUAAUGCUGGGCCUGGGCCGCCAGGGCUUGGGCUGUGAUGCCUGUGGCUACUUCUGCCACUCAGCCUGUGCCUCCCAGGCUCCCCCCUGCCCCGUACCCCCUGACCUUCUCCACACAGCCCUGGGAGUGCACCCUGACACAGGCACGGGCACCGCCUACGAGGGCUUCCUGUCGGUGCCCCGGCCUUCGGGCGUGCGGCGCGGCUGGCAGCGGGUGUUUGCCGCGCUCAGUGACUCUCGCCUGCUGCUCUUCGAUGCGCCCGACUCGCGGCUGAGCCCGGCCAGCGGGGCCCUGCUGCAGGCCUUGGAUCUAAGGGACCCCCAGUUCUCAGCCACCCCUGUCCUGGCCUCUGAUGUCAUCCACGCCCAGUCGCGGGACCUGCCACGCAUCUUUAGGGGCCCUGCGACCCUCCGUGCACCCGUCCGACCACCCUCUCUGGCCUGUCCCCUGCCGCCGCCGGCCGCGCCCAGCACUGCACCCUGCAAGCUGGCGGUGACCGCCUCCCAGCUGGCCGUGCCACCGACCACAUGCACUGUGCUGCUGCUGGCCGAGAGCGAGGGGGAACGGGCACGCUGGCUGCAGGUGCUGGGCGAACUGCAGCAGCUACUGCUGGACACAUGGCCUCGGCCCCGGCCCGUGUACAUCCUCAAGGAGGCCUAUGACAACGGGCUGCCGCUGUUGCCCCACACGCUGUGCGCCGCGGUCAUCGACCCUGAGCGGCUUGCCCUGGGCACCGAGGAGGGGCUCUUUGUCAUCCAUCUGCACAGUAAUGACAUCUUCCAGGUUGGGGACUGCCGGCGGGUGCAGCGGCUGGCCGUGUGUCCCACGGCAGGCCUGCUGGUGGCGCUAUGCGGCCGCGGCCCCAGCGUGCGCCUCUUCUCGCUGGCCGAGCUGGAGAGCGCCGAGGCAGCGGGUACUAAGAUCGUCGAGUCGCGAGGCUGCCAGGCGCUGGCAGCUGGGCGCAUCCUGCAGGCCCGCACGCCCGUCAUCUGCGUGGCGGUGAAACGCCAGGUGCUUUGCUACCAGCUGGGCCCCGGGCCAGGGCCCUGGCAGCGGCGCAUCCGCGAGCUGCAGGCGCCCGGCCCGGUCCAGAGUCUGGGGCUGCUGGGCGACCGGCUGUGUGUGGGCGCGGCGGGGGCCUUCGCCCUCUACCCGCUGCUCAACGAGGCCGCGCCCCUGGCGCUGGGGGCCGGCCUGGCGCCCGAGGAACUGCCGCCGGCCCGAGGGGGCCUGGGGGAGGCGCUGGGCGCAGUGGAGCUCAGCCUCAGCGAGAUCCUGCUACUCUUCACCACGGCCGGCGUCUAUGUGGACAGCACCGGCCGCAAGUCCCGCAGCCACGAGCUGCUGUGGCCCGCGGCGCCCACGGGCUGGGGUUAUGCAGCCCCCUACCUGACAGUGUUCAGCGAGAACUCCCUGGAUGUGUUUGACGUGAGGAGGGCGGAAUGGGUCCAGACGGUGCCACUCAAGAAGGUGCGGCCCCUGAAUCCAGAGGGCAGCUUGUUCCUCUAUGGCACUGAGAAAGUCCGUCUGACCUACCUCAGGAACCCCCUGGCAGAGAAGGAUGAGUUCCACAUCCCCGACCUCACGGACAACAGCCGGCGCCAGCUGUUCCGCUCCAAGAGCAAGCGCCGCUUCUUCUUCCGCCUGUCAGAAGAGCAGAAGUUGCAGCAGCGCAGGGAGAUGCUGAAGGACCCCUUUGUGCGCUCCAAGUUCAUCUCACCGCCCACCAACUUCAACCACCUGGUACACGUGGGCCCAACCGAGGGGAAGCCUGGCACUCGGAACCAGGCCACAGAGAAGAGCCGAGGUGCUCGCAGCUCCGGCCCGCGGCCCCACAGCUUCUCCGAGGCGUCACGACGCCCAGCGUCUGUGGGCAGUGAGGGCUUCGCGGGAGACGCGGACCCAAAGAAGAGGAAGCCGUGGGCGUCCCUGUCUAGCGAGUCGGUGUCCCUUCUCCAGGGCUCUCUCAGCCCCGGGGUCUCCCUGCUCCAGGUCUCUGAGCGACCCCGGAGCCUCCCCCCAGCUCCUGAAUCCUCCGAAAGCUACCCAUGAAGGCCUCCAGCAGGGCCUGCCCAGCUCCAGGACCUGUGGUCACUAGGGAGCAAGGACUGGGAAGGGCGCCACCCUCUGGCUAGCCUGAGCGGUGCGGAAGGCAGCCGGACUCCGGAGGACCUGAGAUAGCCCUGGCAGCCAUUAGGCCUGCCCGGGGUUCCCGGGACUGGGUACUCCUGCCUCUCGGUCCUCCUCCGACCAGCCCAGCCUGUGCCAGUCCCUGGGACUAAGAACGGCCCCCCUUGACCCUGGGAACCAGGGCUGAUGGAUUGUGCCAAAGUUCUCACACCCAGUGCCAAGCCCUACGGAGGCUUGAAGGAGUUGGGAUGAGGGACUGAGAAGGUCCCUGGCAGCAGGCGGCAUCUGCAGUGGCCUAGGAGUCCCCCAGCUGAGGGCAGAUGGGGAGCGAGGUGGGGGGCAGGAAGAGAGACUUCCUGAGGCCCAGAGGGGGGAGGGAGAAUGGAGGUAAAGGAGGUGAGAGGCAGGUGCAUGGGAAGCAGAG